AUGUAUUACAUUGUCGGCGACUCAAUUCACAACGUGACUAAUCCAAUUCACAAACUCGACACAAAACCAAAGAACAUCCCUUUUUACCUCCAGUCUCUCUUUGCAAACAAAUACACCCUUUUCAGAGUAUGGAUCUUCACAAUCAAAGAUUACUUCUUCACGGCGAUAUUACUUCUAAGCGCACUCGCCACAAUGAUAUACGGCUAUUUCUAUAUGCCAACAUGGUUUGACAACACAAAGAGUGUGACUGGCUCGUACUUUUUUAAAGUAGGAAGUAUACUGAGAAGACCAUUACCAGUUUUCCUUUUUGCACUUAUUAUCCCACUCCCACAAAAUAACAUUAGUCUUCUUUCCUUAAUUGGUACGACUUACCAAGACGUGUUAGUCUUCCAUAAGAUAUCUGGAUUGCUUUUCGGUGGGUUUGCGGUACUCCACUCCAUCUGUGACUUGGCGGCGUGCCUUCUUUGUGGAUUCAAAUUAAGUCCUCCUUCAUACAAAAACGGCGUGUUGUGUUUUUCCUUUGUAUUGUUAUUACUUGCGGCCAUAUUCAUAAGACGUUGGUCAUAUAAUAUCUUUCACAAAAUACACGUAAUUGCAUUUGGCUGUAUUGUGGGCACUUACAUUUUACACAUCGACGCGUAUACAAAGGACUUUUACUACUACUUAUUGCCGCCAUUGGUUUUGUAUUUGUUUGAUGUCUUAUUGCGAAUCACUCACAUCUGUGUGCCUGGAGAAAUCAUUUCGAAAAAGACUACGCCCAGUGGCAUCACCAUUCUCACAUUCACUAAAAACGUGUUCUACAACCCAACACAGUUCAUACAAAUUUUGAUCCCUAAACUCUCACCGUGGUCAUUCCACCCGUUCUCCAUUUUGUGUGGAAAUUUCAGGGAACUUGUCCAACAAGGAAAUCCAACACUGUCAUUCUCAACUUCACCAAGUGUCGAGAAACUGAUUGAAACACCAAUAAAUACUGAAACACAACUCAAAACGUCGAUUAUGAAACUGGUCAUCGCACCGCUUGGAGUGUGGACGACCAUGUUGACAAACACACGCGAGAAAGAAUUACUUAAUACUCCAAUUUUCACAACGUGUCCCGUUGGUAGACCAAUUUGUCCGCUUGGAAAUUUUGGGAAGAUAUUACUGGUGGGUUCUGGUGUUGGGUUCUGCCCCUCUUUCGGUCACUUACAGGCACUUUGUAUUGAUGGAAUACACGACGUCGACUGGGUACUUGUUGCAAAGUCGAAUGAACUUGAAGUCGAAUUUGAAGAAGACAUAGUUGCGGCGAAGUCGAGGACACUUGGAAAUUUCGAGGCGUAUUGCACAAGAGAUGUGUUACCCUGCAAAGGCAACAUGAAUGGAAUAAUGGAGUUCAAACAGGGUAGACCAAACUUUGUUGAGGUGGCUGAAAGGUAUGAAGGCAUGAAAGAUGUACUUGUCCUCUGUUGGGGGUCGAGAAUGAUGAAAAACACAUUUGAAAAGUCAUUCAGAAACGUCAGGGGAGUACAUUUCACUGUCUACAUAGAGACAGGAGAGUUAUAA